AUGUCUACUCUGCCUGGUCGUGAUCAGUCCAGUUCCGCUCCCUCUUUAGAUGGCAAAGGGGAAUCAGCAGUGAAAGGAGGAAGGUCAACGAUAAGGACAGGUCCUACUGGCUAUGUAUACUAUCGUCUAUACACCAAACUCGGUGCAUUCGAAUCAAUUCACCCCAUCUACCACAACGACCGUUACGUUGGUCGCAUUCCAACGAAGUCUUUUGCCCCUCCUCAUACGGUAGCAUCUAUCAGGCGCUCCCUAUGCAAAUUUGAGGGCCUCUCUGAGCCCGACAAGGCGCUUGUCUUCACACCGCUCUCAAGCCCAGCACCCAGAGAAGACUCUGCUCGCCUCUCUCUUUCUGCUCCUUCUGGGCCAGGCCUGUUUGAACAAGAUCCGAUCGCACUAGUUGUCGAGUCGGAGAAGAGAACCAAGAACAUUACGCUGUCGGAGGAGCUCCCAGAGCGGUCUGAUGAUAUUGAUAUCCACUACGCGUACUAUCGCCUUUACUCAUUAGAAGGAGAAGGAGAUGAAAAGGCAAAGACGUUCUUUGACGAAAGUGAUAUUUCGUUAGGACGCAUCAACACCCUCUUCAUCGCUCCCCCUCACACCGCUGGGUCUUUGAGAGCAUGCAUCGCGAAAGUUGAAGGCCUCGUAACGCCGGGUCAUGCACUCUACAACAACAUGGAACUCUUCGAGGCCAUGAAUAGUGAUGCUGCUAUGAGCGACGCUGAUGUCAUAUCCUUUCAAGGUGAUACUUACCCGGGUAGCGAUGAAGGCGAUCCCGUAGCCCUUGUCAAUGCAACCACCAAUACAGCAGCGGAUCAAAAGGCUAAGCCUACAUCAGAUGGACCAGCGUCGAAAUUCACGAAACGCGCUCGGAUGAAAGUUACUUCCAGGUAUUAUCCAGGAUACAUGGUGAUCAACUCCGAGGGUGAAAAAGGCUUUGUGCACAAGGACUACAUGAUAUCCACUGUCUGCCAGCUUGGAUCGAGUUCAUUUGAUGGGUGUGUUCACCGGUUAACAUUGGAGAGAAAAGUACCCCCAACGAAGCCCAAAAUCGACCAUCCAAGCAACAAGCUCAAAGGUCAACGCUACCUCCUGCUCCUCCUCCUCAACCAACUCCAAAUCCCAAACCCAGUCAACCUCCUCACGAGCACCUUCAACACAACAGCACACACGCCAAUGCCCACGAGCACGAGCACUAAGUCAGGCAGAACGCGUUUCCUCGAGCUCUUGAACCCGUUUAGAAUGUUCUUCAAGCUCGAAGCCUUCCUGUUCAGGCGCUUGCUCCAAUUCCACGACCUUCUCCUCCCUCCCUCGUACCUCCCGCUCCCUCUUGUCAACCGCCUCCUCCCGCCUUUCAACCUCUGUCUCCUUAAUCUCAACCGCCUCCUCCCUCCUUUCCACCGCCUCCUCACGAUACCCAACACACCUCUGCACCUCCCCAACCCUCUCCUCCACCCCCUCAAUCCUCUCCUGUCUAGCCGCCAGCCCGAUUACCCUAACGCUGAUGCUGUUCGUGGUGGGUCCAGAUUAAACACGGUCCACAAGUCCGGUUUCCUCUCCUCUCCUGCGUCUUCUUUUUCCUUUUCCCCCUCGUUUGCGUUUGGUUUCUCUUCUUCGCCAUUCGGUCUUUCUCAAGCCUUUCCCUUCGUCUUCGUCUCCAUCGUUCUCCUCAACGGAUUUACCCCCAGCACGAACCUUCCUCCCUCUCCCAGUCCUAACAACCCCAACUCCACUUCCCCCCAUUCCUGCACGCUUAACAGUCUCACCCAACUCCAACUCCCACGCUUCCGCUCCCUUUACCGUUAUUGGGUGUGCAGGAGAGUGAGAGAGGAGGAGGAGGUCCGCGAUGCUUGGGAUGAUUGGGAUGGAGAUGAGGAUGAGGAUGGGGCGGUGUCGUACCCUCCUUCCGUCUCCGUCUUCGUCUCCGUUUCUGGUUCUGGAGCAGCACCAGCGUGGUGUAUGUUAUCAGACGAAGGAGGAACGUCACUACCAUCACCAGACCCAGACGUAUCUCUCAGAACACCAUCACCAGUCGGAAGAUCGAAAUACCCAACCAGCCCCUCAACUCCAACGCCAGGCCGUGGCCCAGGAUGGUGGAUCACAGACCCAGAAUUAGUCAGCGUCGUCGCUACGCCCUCCCUCUCUCUUUCCUCAUCCACACCAGGGUCCACCAGUGCGAAGAGGGGGGUCUACGAGGAGUUGUUGUCUGUUACGUGUUGUUGGCCAGGACCGCCUACGCCCAACGGGUUGGAUUGCAGUAAAUGGGGGAGUUGGGAUGCAAAUCGUGGUCCCGACGCCGAUUUGCAGCCAACUUUGAUCCCAACUUGGUGCCCAACUUCACCUCGCAACUUCCCACGUGUCCAAAAUAGGCAGAAAUCUGCAUUCGGAAUCCCUUCCGAGCCCAAAUCAGCCCAAGUUCAUGUUUUCUGCAGUUCAAGGUGUUUCACGGGCCUGGUGCCUUUGGAAGAGAUUGGCGACCCAGAAUGCGUAGAAGCGAAUGGGGAACCUGGGCCUGUUGAUAGGAACGGCGGUGCAGUAGGAAUGAACCGAGACCCCCCCAGGGCUAGGAGCAGAAAACGAGAACAGAUCAUGUACUGCCCCCCGCAAUGGAAGAGUGCACUGAGUCUUGUUGGGUGA